CGUACAGUUUGAGAUUAGAUUUCGUGGCGGCAUCACACACCACGGUUCAGCAGUUCCGCUCAGCAGUUCAGUAACAGCAGUUUUGGGGGUGCGAAAAGAUGGCACCACCGCUAGCGUUUGAUGAUGUGCUCGUCGAGAUUGGCACGUUUGGCCGGUUCCAGCUGCGGCAGUUCCUGCUCAUGAUACUGCCGCUCGUGUUUAACGCCUUUUCCAACCUUUCGUACGUGUUCACGGCGGCUGACCUCAAGUACAGAUGCUACAUCCCGGAGUGUGAGAAUCGAACCGAUGCGGCGUACCUUACCGAAUGGUUGCCGGCGGCCGUACCGUACCAACGCAACCAACCGGCCGGGUGUGAACGGUACGAAGCGUUUGUAAACAUCUCCGGCGACUAUUUACAAUGCCAAGCGUCCGAUUUCAACCACUCCGCUAUCACGCGAUGCUUCGACUUUGUGUAUGAAGAUAAAGCGGCCACAACGAUUGUGAAUGAAUUCAACUUGACGUGCGACGAGAACACGUGGAAGAUAACUCUCGUCGGUACGAUUCACAGCGUCGCCCAAGGGCUGGCGCUACUGCUUGGUGGUUUAUUUUCGGAUCGCUACGGCCGCAAAUGGGCACUGCUGCUAAGCAUCGGCCUGGGUUCGACCCUGGGCAUCGUGCGGUCCUUCUCCGUGAACUACGAGAUGUUUUUGGUGCUCGAGUUUUUGGAACCCCUGCUCGGUUCGACCAUGUACACGACGGCGUUCAUCCUCGGCCAGGAGCUCGUUGGACCGAAGCACCGUGUCUUUGCGAAGAGCCUCUGUUUGGUCGUGUUUGCACUUGGUGAAGCUACCAUGGGCGUCAUUGCGAUGUUCGUGCACAACUGGCGCCACUAUUUGCUGGCCCUGUUCGUACCGGGGCUCGUCUCCCUGGCCUUCCUGUGGGUGACGGCCGAAAGUGUGCGCUGGUUGCUGUCGAAGGGCCGCAACAGGGAAGCCAUCGUCAUACUGGAACGAGCGGCCACCGCUAACCGGCGAACGUUGUCGGAAAGUACGCUCAAGUACUUCGCCACCAAUGACUAUCAGCGUGAAACGCCCGACCUGCCGGCCAAUCCGUCGUUCUUCGAACAGCUGGCCGAAGUGUUCCGCUACAAGCGGCUAACGAUACGGCUGGCAAUCUGCUCUUUCUGCUGGUUCACGAACGUGAUGGUGUACUACGGGCUGACGCUGAACUCCGUCACGUUGGCCGGGGAUAAGAACGUUAACUUCAUCCUUAUCACGCUGGUCGAAAUACCUGGAGCCGUUUGCAUGAACUUUAUCCUGAACCGAUUCCCCCGCCGAAUGACACAGUUCGUGUCGCUGGCAGUGUGCGGAGUGCUGUGCCUGGUCACACUAGCCAUUCCCGAAGACGACAGCUGGAUCCACACGGCAAUGUUUCUGUUCAGCAAGAUGGCCAUAUCGUUUUCGUUCGGCGUGCUGUACAUCUACACGGCCGAAAUCUUUCCCACCAAUCUGCGGCAAAGCUUACUCUCCAUGUGCUCCAUGAUCGGUCGGUUGGGGUCGAUCGUCGCACCACAAAUGCCACUGCUUGCCAAGGUGUGGAAACCGCUGCCGAUGACGCUGUUCGGGUCGAUUGCGCUACUGUCAGCCUUUACCAUUUUAGAAUUUCCCGAAACGGGCAAUGUUCGGCUACCGAACACGGCCAGCGAGGCGGAGAAUCUUAAAGCGAACAGUUUCGAUAGUGAUCGUUCAUCGCACGUGUGUUUGCAAUCGCUCGUAAUGCCGCAAGCCGAGGACGACGUAGACUUGGACGGAGUGCUGCACGAGAUCGGUCAGUUUGGGCGGUUUCAGGUGCGCCAGUAUGGGCUGAUGGUGCUGCCGAUCAUAUUUAAUGCGCUCUUUACGCUCAGCUACAUCUUCACGGCAGGGAAUCUUGAGUACAGAUGUUUAGUACCGGAAUGUGAAGAUCCUGCCACGGAAGUUUAUAAUCCUCCCUGGUUAAAUGCAACCUGGCCGGGAUUAUUGAACUCUGACGGGCGAUGCCAACGUUUGCAAUUCAUCUCAAAUGACUCCCGCCUGCCGGAGGGAGAGUGUACCAGUGAUGAUUUCAACACUUCUGCCAUUAUUCCAUGCGAUGCGUUCGUUUUUCAGACCGAAGAAAGUACGAUAGUGCGUGACUUUAACAUCACAUGUGCGCACAACGACUGGAAGCUUACGCUGGUGGGCACGAUCAACAACGUGGGACAGUUCGUAGCGCUUCCCAUUGCCGGAUACCUGUCGGAUCGGUUCGGCAGAAGAUGGAUCCUGCUGGUGAGUGUCGCCGGUAGUGCACUGUUCGGGUUGGUACGCUCGUUUGCGACUAGCUACGAAAUGUUUAUCGCGAUGGAGUUCCUCGAUCCGGUCAUCGGUUCCACGAUGUACACUACCGCGUUCAUUCUGGCGCUCGAGCUCGUCGGUCCGAAGAUGCGUGUCACCGGCAACAACAUUAUCUCUUGCGCAUUUUCCUUCGGCGAAGCACUCCUCGGACUGCUGGCGAUGUAUUUCCGCGACUGGCGCGUACUGCUGCGCAUUUUGUACAUUCCCGGCCUUUUGGCGCUUCCGUUCCUUUACACAACGGUCGAGAGUGUUCGAUGGCUACUGUCUAAAAACAGAAAAGAUGAAGCAUUUACAAUCUUGAAAAGGGCGGCAAAGCUGAAUGGUAAAACCAUCUCACAAUCCGCAUUCGAACGGUUCAACUGCAUCGAGACCAAGAGUGGGUCAGCUAAAUCCCUAGAAACGCAAACUUACGCACAACUGCUACGCGAAGCACUGGCCAAUCCCGCGCUGGUGCUGCGUGUCAUCAACUGUUCCUUCUGUUGGCUCACCAACACUAUGGUGUACUUUGGCCUGAGUCUCAAUUCCGUGUCGCUGUCGGGCAACAAGUAUCUUAACUUUAUUCUUGUCUCGCUCAUCGAGCUUCCCGGGUUCUUUUUGAUGCAACUUAUUCUCGAUCGUGUCGGACGCAAAAAGACACUUUUCACUACGCUUGUUCUAAGUGGGCUGUUUUGCAUCAUUUCCGUAUUUAUUGCUGGCAUUGAUGCUCCAGCCCUACACCUUACUCUGUUUUUGCUCAGCAAACUUAGCAUAACAAUGUCCUUCGGCACACUGUACAUCUACACUGUGGAAAUCUUCCCCACCAAUCUACGCCAAAGCCUACUGUCUACCUGCUCCAUGUUUGGACGCAUCGGAUCGAUGAUUGCACCGCAGACACCGCUGUUGGCUAAAGUGUGGACCCCGCUGCCGAUGAUACUGUUUGGCUGUCUCGGCAUCUCGUCCGCAAUAACCUCACUCCAAUUUCCUGAAACGCUAAACAACGAGCUGCCCAACACACUAGAAGAAGCUAUGAAUAUGCAGGGGAACGACAUUCCAGCAACCGAUCGGUGAUUAAUACCGGUGCCGAGUAUCGAUUUUCUAAUAAAUAUCGCAAUUGUAUUAACGCA